CUGAGCCCAACCGAAAUCUGGAAAGUUCCACGUCUUUCUAGCAUAACCCUCCUGUUAAUUUCCAGACUCAUCUCCCCUGUCCCUUUCCCGCACCCUCCACCACAUCAAUCUGCAGUAUACAUACAUCAUCACCACCUCCACAUUAUAAUCAAUUGACCGAUCAAGAAUCCCUUAUAAACACACAGCUCUACAUCGCGAUUUUCCAUUGGAAUUCUAUACCGAGUGCACGGAGUUUUGAGUGGAAGAACACACAGAUUUGGAGAAGUAGAAGAAGAAAGAGGACAUGGGUGUGGAUUACUACAAGAUAUUGCAGGUGGACAAGAAUGCAAAGGAUGACGACUUGAAGAAAGCUUACAGGAAGCUAGCGAUGAAGUGGCACCCUGAUAAGAAUCCCAACAACAAGAAGGAAGCUGAGGCCAAAUUUAAACAGAUUUCCGAAGCUUAUGAGGUUCUAAGUGAUCCACAAAAGAGGGCUAUCUAUGAUCAGUAUGGUGAAGAAGGUCUGAAAGGUCAAGUGCCGCCACCUGAUGCCAGUGGUCCUGGUGGUGCAACAUUCUUCCAAACAGGAGACGGACCAAAUGUGUUUAGGUUCAAUCCUAGAAAUGCUGAUGACAUCUUUGCAGAGUUCUUUGGCUUUUCUAGCCCAUUUGGAGGAAUGGGAGGUGGUAGCGGAAUGAGGGGUGGUUCCAGGUUCACUGGGGGUUCCAUGUUCGGGGAUGAUAUCUUUAGUUCUUUCGGAGAAACCAGACCAAUGAGUGCAGGUCCAAGAAAGGCGCCACCCAUUGAGCAAAAGUUGCCUUGCAGUUUAGAGGAGCUAUACAAGGGAGCAACAAAGAGGAUGAAAAUUUCUAGAGAGAUAUCCGAUGCUAGUGGGAAGACCUUACCAGUGGAAGAGAUCCUGACCAUCGACAUUAAACCUGGCUGGAAGAAGGGGACAAAGAUUACAUUCCCAGAGAAAGGAAACGAGCAGCCGAAUGUCAUUCCUUCAGAUUUAGUAUUCAUAAUAGAUGAGAAGCCGCACAGUGUGUUCACAAGGGAUGGCAAUGAUCUUGUUGUUAUACAGAAGAUAUCACUAGCAGAAGCAUUAACAGGCUACACCAUCCACCUCACAACACUUGAUGGACGGAACUUGACUAUCCCUGUCAACAAUGUGAUCCAUCCCAACUACGAAGAAAUAGUGCCCAGGGAAGGGAUGCCAAUUCCUAAAGAACCCACGAAGAGGGGUAAUCUGAGGAUCAAGUUCAACAUAAAGUUCCCAACUAGGUUGACGGCUGAACAGAAAUCUGGAAUCAAGAAGCUACUUGCUCCAUGAGUGUAAAUACCCUGAUUAUAGUUGUCUCGAGUCUCCAGUUCCGGUCUUUCUAGGUGUGGGUGGGAUUGUGUUCAUUUUCAUAAUUUUAUUUCUUCUCCUGGGGAACUGCAAAGCUUUUGCACCUUACGGGCACUGAAUGUGUUUGUAGUUGGUAGAGAAUAAUACAACAAAUCUUGACCACGAACUUGCUUGUAAUCAGAAUUAUCUUACAAUGCCACAUAUAUUAUACACUUAAAAUUCUUGUGCAGUAAAAGCAUAUA